AUGAAGCGAUUUUGCGAUCAGCUAAGGCUUGCAAUGUUUUCCGUGACUGCUUGUUUUCCGAAGAAUGCCCUCUGGAUUAUGCCGACCUUGGUGACGGAAAGCCGCAACACGCUUUCCGCUCGUGAGUUAGCCGGCGAUCCUCUUCGAGCCCAACGCGUCCAAGCUCAGCCUAUCUCAAACCAACCGCCACCACCUCUCCAGCCCCGCCCGCUCACAACACAAACUAACAUCGGACUUUGCAAGCACUGUUCCGAUCUCACUAUGCUGCCACCGAUAGCGCCUGCAGUGCUUGAGCGUAACCCGAAAUUCAAGGCUCUUCACGAGGACAUCUCGCAAAACAAACUCAACCCUGACGCGUCUACAAAAGAUGUCAAGAAGCAGCGCUUGGUGGACGAGGCGAGAAACGAGCUGAACAUCAAACGAACCGACCUAGCAAAGAAAAGAAUCUUGAAAACCUCGCUCGGAAACCUCAGCGCGCGAUCAGCCAAUCUUCCCGACGAACUUCACGAGGUCAUCACCAUAGUCGCCGCACAACUCAACGGCCAGAUCCCUUCAUGCGACCGCGAGAUUCUACAAGAAGACGUCGACUACUUCACCGCCCACAUAACCCCCAUCUCCCGCGCCCUCUCCACGCACCUCCACCGCACCGCCCUCCAACUCUGCCGCAUCGCCACGACCACCACCUCGCAACAACAACAACAACAACAACAAAACCCCACCGCCCAGCUCCCCCCCACCGCGCAACACCACCAAUCCGACCUCGCCGCCGCCACCGCCUCCCUCGCGGCCCACCGCACCGCCCUCGCCGACGCCGCCGCCGCCACGCGCGCCGCGCAGACCCGCGUCGUCGAGGCCGCCGUGCGCGUGCUCGAGCAGACGGUGCACGGGAGCGCGGCGCGGGCGGCGCGCGCGAGGGCCGAGCACCUCGCGGCCGUGGCGAGGGGCGUGGAGUUGAAGAUGGGGGUUGUGGCGUUGACGGCUUCGGUUUCGAGGGACGGUGGUGGUGGGGAGUUGGAGCGGGCGGUGGAGGGGUAUGCGAGGUGGUUGAGGGAGGAGGGGGAGGAGUUGGGGCAUCGGAGGGCGAUUGCGGAGGAUAGGCUGAGGGGGUUUGAGGGGGAGGAGGCGGCGGGAGGCGGCGGCGGCGGUGGCGGCGGUGGGGGGUUGUUGAGGGAGAUUGCGAGGAGGUAUGCGGAGGUGGAGGAGGAGAUUGCGAGGGUGGCGGGGGAGGUGGAGAGGUUGGAGAGGGAGAGGGGGCUGUGA